AUGGCGUUCACCCUGUCCGAGAUCAUGGCGGCCAGGAGGCAGCAGUCCGCGGCCCAGUCGCAGGUUCAGCGCGGCGGCAGGACGGCGGUGGAGGUGGACGAGUACAGCACCAACCCCACCCAGGCCUUCACCUUCUACAACAUCAACCAGGGACGCUUCCAGCCCCCGCACGUGCACAUGGUUGACCCCAUGCCUCACGACACGCCCAAGCCGCCCGGCUACACGCGCUUCGUGUGUAUAUCGGACACGCACUCCCGCACGGACGCCAUCCAGAUGCCGUAUGGGGACGUGUUCAUCCACGCCGGAGACUUCACCGAACUGGGACUUCCCUCUGAGGUCAAGAAGUUUAACGACUGGCUAGGUACCCUGCCCUACGACAUCAAGAUAGUGAUCGCGGGGAACCACGAGUUGACCUUUGACCAGGAGUUCAUGGCCGACCUCAUCAAGCAGGACUUCUACUACUUCCCCUCCGCCUCCAAGCUGAAGCCCGAGAACUACGAGAACGUCCAGUCGCUGCUCACCAACUGCAUCUACCUGCAGGACUCCGAGGUCACCGUGCGGGGCUUCAGGAUCUACGGCUCCCCCUGGCAGCCGUGGUAUUACGGUUGGGGGUUCAACCUCCCUCGAGGUCAGGCUCUGCUGGACAAGUGGAACCAGAUCCCAGAUGCCACAGACAUCCUUGUGACACACUGCCCCCCACUGGGUUUCCUGGACUGGGUCCCUAAAAAGAUGCAGCGUGUUGGAUGUAUGGAGCUACUAAACACCGUCCAGAGGAGAGUCCAGCCCAAGUUACACGUGUUUGGACACAUCCAUGAAGGUUACGGCAUGAUGACUGACGGCACCACGACCUUCGUCAAUGCCUCAGCCUGCACGGUCAACUUCCAGCCGAUGAACCCGCCAAUCGUCUUCGACCUGCCCAAUCCCAGGAGCACAUGACCGGAGCGGGAGUGGCGCCCUCGGACCCAUACCACCAAUUAGGGGAAAGGGAGGGGUAGGUGAGGUGGGCGUGCGGAUACGGUGUAGCGUCUGUAAAUAUUCCGGGCU